AUGGUUGUGGAUGAGUACGUAACUCAAAUCCUAGCCGAGCCUUACCAACAUAAACUUGAAGAGGUCUGGAGGUAUCGAGCGCCGUUCAAAUUCAGCAUCUGCGUUGACGCACCUGCGCUGACGAAGGAUUUCCACGAAGACCUAGAAUUUCGUUUUACAUUUGGGUUAUCGGCUAUCAUUCGUCGUAUAAUCGCAUAUAGAUCGGGACAGCCAGUAACUGCUAUCCAAACGAAUCUGUUGACUCCAUUGGCGUUGAGAAAUGCCGGUCGCACCAAUGAAGAUCUGCAUGCUGAAGCUAUGCACAAGGCUGUCGAAGAAAAUGCGAUGAUGACACAGAUGGUGUUGACGUCUGCCAGCUAUCUGGCUAAUGGAAUAAUUGCUGUCACUGCGGCAACAUAUGGAGGUUUAUAUUUGUGGGAGCGUAUGCGUUGGAAUUCUCACGCAAAAGAGCAGCACCUGAAAGAGCAAUUUCGUGUCCAUCUCGCUGCACGAAUGCAACAAGUUGGAGCAGCUCAUACGACACAUUGUGAAACCCAAGCAAUGCGGUAA